GUCACACUGUUGCUGGCCUGGCCACUGUUUACACGAUUUUUUUUAUAAUUAAACUGAUAAAUUGUGCAGCGCUGCUAAAUAAGAUGAAUUAAAUAAUAAAACCCAAGAAUAUAGCUUAACUAUGUCCUUACUAAAACUCAGCAUACAAGUUUUACGACAAGCAACAAAGUAAACAAAAAGGAAAGGAGUUAUUUUUUGUAAUUGAAAAAUCGCUACGAAUCCGAAUCAAUAAUAAAAUUGACUAGUUUACCUGGUAACAGUUAACACCUGCAGGUAAAUGUAUGUUGCCAUUAUACUUCAACGAUAUACAACAUUUCAGAGCAGCCUCGAUAUUACUGGAAAGUUCUAUAGACGUCUUGAACAAUUCAUUGCGCCAGCAGCAUAUAAAAUAAGUGUCAAUUUUGUUGUUUACUUGUGUGUCCGGUGAGUGUGUAUGUGUGUAGCUAUCAUAUAUAAACAGUAUAAGCAUCAGCCAAAUAAAACAAAAAACAAGCCCACACAAAAAGCUUAACACAUUCCAUAACAGCCCAAAAGGCCGAUCAAGUUUGCUGAAAAGGCGCGAGCUUUGAAACUGUAACAAAAGUCAAAAAGAGAAAGAGAGAGGGUGAGAGUGAGAGAGAGAGAGAGAGAGCGUGCGCGUGAGCGAGAGGCAUCUAACAGCUUAUCGUUGGUCUUAAGUUCGAUCUGGCACCGAGGCCGGACGGCUGCAACAGAUUUGAUUGGCACCCUGGAUCAGCCGCAGGAUAUGGAUAUUGAUGCUCCAAUUGCGCUUGGCAUGCAGGAGCACAACGACGACGAUAAUCAGCAUAACCACAACACAUCACACGUUUAUCAUUCGGAAUCAUCAAUGAAUUUUGAUUAUUUGCAAGGCCUGCAUGCGGAUGCAGCAUCGUCAUCAGGCGGUUCCCUUGGCUCCGGCAACACCUCUUAUGGACUUGUCGACGACAGUAGAGCGCUGGACAGACCUUUCAAUGCGAACGAGCGAUUUGUUACAAUACUCGAUCAGCUGGAUGCGCGCGUGGAGAAGUUCCGCAAGGAUUCCUUGAAUUUACAGGAAAAGAAAGACUACCUCUUAAUGUCCAUGGAUCUCAUCAAGAGCAACGAAUUGCUGCAAAACAUGAGUGAGGGGGAGCGCGAGGAGAUCAUGUUGUACAUACAACGCGUUAGUUCGCGCCUUGCCACGGUUGAGCUGAAUGUGCGUACCGUUAGGGACGCUUCCCAGGAGGAUUCGCUCAGCCAGAUUAAUGCCUUAAUCGAUACAAUGAUCAAAAUGGGUGAUCCUGUCAUUGGACGUCAGCGUUGUCAGCUAUAUUUAAAUGCCUGCUGCACCAGCACCAUAGAUCCCAAUGGUCGCAUGGGCACACUGCACGAAGCGGAUGUGGGUCCGAUCGAUAAGAAAUUCGAAAGUGCCUUGCUUGGCUGCACUCUGGACGAUCAGAAGAACAUUAAGAAGCGUCUGCAGGCAUUAAUGGGAUAUCUUAAUAAACAAACUGUUACCAAUUAAAUUUUAAUAGCUAUCAAUAUGCCGCAAUAUUAUAAUGGAAUUAUGUUACCCGAGGGCAAACGAUAAACCAAAACGAAAUUAAAUACACAAUAUG